UUUAAUUAUUAGUCUCGCAGCAACAGUUGUCAAGACAUCACAAAAGUUGUCAAGACAACAACGCAACAACAGUUGGCAAGACAACGAUACGUUGUUGGAUGAACCAGUUCAGAACAACUGCAGAAAUGACGCGAGAUCGAGACCCCUUUCCUUUCCCCAAAUAUGAGAAUGAUGACACUUUAACCAGAAGUAAAACAUGCCAGAAACAGGUCUUUACAAAACCCACCCACAUUGCGCAGACUGAGGAUCCGUGGAGACGCUUAAACGACAAUUUGACCUUUUCCAGCAUGAGGAGAAGUGUUCUGUACCAUAAAGAGACUCCAAAAGACAGCCUGGACUUCCAUCUUAGCGCUGUUUACGAUAAUCAUCUGAAUUUUCUUCUGAAUAAGAAUGAAAUCCUGUUCCAGGAAGAGACUUUAACGGGGGACCGAAGAGACAACAAGGACGAUGCUCCAAAAGAUGAUGAUCAUAUGAAAAUAAGAAUGUGGGUGAAUCCUCAAAAAGUUUCCAUUUACAGCAUUAAGGGAGCGAUCGAGUCUCACCACAACGCUUCUACAAACCGAGGUUACUCCAGGAAGGUGGAUGGCGGGUUUUAUUCAAUGUAACGCUGACGCUUUGAAAAGUUACGAAAAUCCCCACUCGAAAGACAAAAAAAGACAGCAUUUUCAGUUGUUUUAAAUAUAUUUUUUUUAUUUCGCCCUGAAAGUAAGACACGCACGCAGUACAAUCUAGGAAAGCUAGCUAAGGAAUUAAAAACAAACGAGUUUAGCCACAGCUAGCUCAGAACACAGGUGAUAGUAGGAGUUAUGGUGAAGAUCAGAAUCGCCUCUAUACUCACAGACCAGACAGGAAAAACUGGAGGAAAACCUCCAAAAAUCCCACCGGCAUUAGUAUAUCUGAUCGAAUCAUCAUUUCUAACCACA